AUGCGCGUGGCGGGCUGGAUUUCCGCGUCCCGUACUCGUCCAAAUUCUCCUCGUCUCGUCUCCCAUGUGACCCAUCCAACCGCCCUCUCCUCUCUUCCUCUUCCUCGCACCACCUCCACCACCACCCUCCUCUCUUCUCGCCUCCACCACCAAAAGGGGUGAGAGGCACGGGGACCGCCCGCCUCGCUCGCUGGCCUGCACACUGGAUUCGGCGCCGCGGCGGUAGUUGCAGCGGCGGCCUGGCAGGGAGAUGUCUUCACGCUCGGGGUCUACGAGCGGCGGGAGCACCGGUGGCGGCAGCAGCGCAGGGGGAGGCGCCGCGGUGCCGCUGGCCUUGCUGCUGAGGCGGGAGGUGGCCAGCGAGCGCACCGCAUCGGAGCGACCGGAGCUGCACUCGGGCCUCUUCAGCCAGGCCAAGAAAGGCGAGGACUUCACAUUCCUCAAGCUCGAAUGCGAGCGCGUCCCCGGCGUCCCGUCCUCCUCCUUCUCCGCCUUCGGCCUGUUUGAUGGGCACAAUGGGAACGGGGCCGCAAUUUACACCAAAGAGAAUCUCUUGAACAACAUCUUGAACGCGGUCCCUGCUGAUCUCAACAGGGAAGACUGGCUUGCUGCACUCCCAAGAGCGCUGGUUGCUGCAUUCGUUAAAACGGAUAAAGAUUUCCAGACUAAAGCACGUUCUUCAGGGACAACCGUGACAUUUGUCAUAAUAGAUGGAUUGUUCAUCACUGUUGCAUCAGUUGGCGAUUCCCGUUGUGUACUACAAGCUGAAGGUUCAAUUUACCAUUUAUCCUCUGAUCAUCGAUUUGAUGCAAGUAAAGAGGAGGUUGAUCGUGUAACAAAAUGUGGAGGUGAUGUUGGAAGGCUAAAUGUUGUUGGUGGCGCUGAGAUUGGUCCUCUUAGGUGUUGGCCUGGAGGUUUGUGCCUAUCUAGGUCAAUAGGAGAUCAAGAUGUUGGUGAAUUUAUUGUUCCAGUUCCUCUUGUGAAGCAAGUAAAGCUGUCUACUGCGGGAGGCCGACUUAUUAUUGCAAGUGAUGGUGUUUGGGAUGCAUUAUCUCCAGAAGUAGCUUUUAACUGUUCACGUGAACUUCCUCCAGUGCCUGCAGCUGAGCAAAUCGUUAAAACUGCUGUGCAAUCAAAAGGACUGAGGGAUGAUACCACCUGUAUUGUUGUUGAUAUAAUAGCAGAGAAAACCAACCCUUCCAUGCCACUUCCUAGAAGGCAACCGGGAAUUGGUGUCUUCAAAAAUAUGUUUGGCAAGAAAAAAUCAUCGGAUUCAUCAUCACAUUCCCAUGCAGAUAGAGAAUAUAUGGAUCCAGAUAUCUUGGAGGAAAUAUUUGAGGAUGGGUGUGCGCUUCUUUCUAGACGGCUGGAUUCUGAAUACCCUGUUCGAAAUAUGUUCAAACUCUUCAUAUGUGCCGUUUGUCAAAUAGAGUUAAAGCCAAACCAAGGGAUAUCUGUACAUGAAGAUUCAUCAGAACCUGGGAGCUUGCGUCGCUGGGAUGGUCCAUUCCUUUGCCAGAGCUGUCAGGAAAAGAAAGAAGCAAUGGAGGGAAAGCGUCGUUCACGAGGUUCAUCAAGAAACAGUGGGUCAAGUGAAUAGCUGCCGUGUGUAGAGUGAUCAGAGGUGGCUGCUGCUUAUAGCUCUCAUCCCAAGCGAGGAGCAUGUCUUGUCCUCAGCAAGGUUCUUGCUGAGGAAUGUAGGCAGCUCUGCUCAGCCCUUGACCUUGAUGGCACAUACAGGUUUAAAGAUUAACAUGCCAAAAUGAUAUGGCUUGUCUAUUCUAAGGUCAACUGUUGCAACACAAAUUACUCUUGGUAUAGACUUCUGACAAAUAGCUUGGCACUGUUUCUGAAUUAGGCCUAGGUGCUUACAUCAAUUUUCUCUUGUUGAAUCCGGCUUUAAUUCAUGACUAGAGACUUUAGAGUAUUAUCAGUCCUUGUUGAGGUUCAGCCUUUGCUGACACCAAUGUAAUUAACAUCUAAAAAUAUUCUUUGAAUCAGCUUGUGAUUCAUCAGCAAGACGUUAGUUGUCAUGUACAAUGUACAAAAUCUUGCUAACAGGACAGGUCUGUUUCCUCCUCUACGUUUUGUCAUUACAUGGAUGAAAAUUAAUUGGUGUGCCAAUUGGAGGAAAGAAUUUGUUCUAGUAAAUGUUGAUGGUAGACGUGACUUUCACUCACUGCAGGUGUACUGAUCCUUUUUGUAUAUCUUAUUUUAUUUUUUCUUAGUAAUGUAUAGUAGUCCUGAGUAUGAAAUUUGUUUCUGCAUGGGAGAUUCCCCAGCCAAAAGUAUGCUGUAAUAUGUUGUCCGUAGUUCAGUCGAAAAAAUACUCCAUAUGCAGAAUGAUGCCAAGAUGUCUGUUCCUUGCGUUUGAAGAAUAAUGGCCAAAAUGAAAACUGGAGUUACAGAA